AUGGGCGUCUCAGCGAAUAUUCGACAAUACAUAAUUGUUAUAUCAGUUAAUUUAACUUCUAUUGGCAUGGGAAUGAGUCAAUCUUGGACAUCACCGAUGCUUGUAAAAUUGAUGCAUGAAGACACACAGCUCUCUGAACGAGUUAAUGAAGAUCAAGCUUCGUGGAUAGUGUCUAUUGGUUUCUUAAGCUCGAUAGCGUGUUAG